UUCCAACAUGGCGGCGAAGCAUUACUUUGCAAACGAAGCAGAUUUGAGGCGCGAAGUUUGUUCCUUGGUCGCCCAAAAGUCAUCAGAAGCUAUCAAAGACCAUGGAUUUUUUACAGUGGGAUUUUCAGGAGGAAGUCUCCCGAAGAUCGUUUCCCCAGGGUUGUUGUCGCAACAGAUCGACUUUUCCAAGUGGCGAGUAUUCUUUUGCGACGAGCGGUACGUGCCAAUAUCAGACCCCGACAGCAAUUAUCAAGCAGUAAAGCAGCAUUUUUUAGAUAAAGCUUCUGUAGGAGAGGUACUAGUCAUCAAUCCUGGUAUUGCAUUGGAAGAGGCUGCGAAAGAUUAUGAAUCUCGUCUAAAGAGCUGGUACUCUAGCGAUCAAAUCCCUUCCCUCGACAUGCUUCUGUUGGGAAUGGGGCCAGAUGGACACACCUGUUCUCUCUUCCCUGCCCAUACUUUGCUGGAAGAAACAUCUCGUCUUGUAGCACCGAUUUCUGAUUCACCUAAGCCGCCUCCCUGUCGGAUCACACUAACCUAUCCAAUCAUAAAUGCGGCCAAAUGCGUAGUGUUUGUGAGUACAGGAGCUGGCAAGGCCAGUGUUCUUCAGCAAGUGUUAGAGGGCGACAGCGGAGAGCUGCUCCCAGCGGCAAGAGUGAAGCCAGCCAAUGGUGAACUGCACUGGUUUGUUGAUGAUGCUGCGGCUAGUCUUUUGAAAAGGACUUGAACAAUGAUAGAUUCCUUGCUUAAGUUUUCUCUAAUGCAAUUUAAGGCAAUAAAAUAGUUGUUAUGUAGGAAGUGUAGUUAGCUGAUAUCUUAUCUGUGGGUCCGUUCUUACGCCAUGUGAACCAGGUAGGAGGUGUUUGGUAGUGAUGGCUAGAGGGGACACGUCAAGGAUGCCAAACUGUUCAACUAAGAAAAAAAUUUUCCUUGCCUAAAUUAGGACACAAAAGCCUUUUGUUGAGGACACUGUGCAAAAAAUUUAGCUUUUUUUGGUCAUAAACAGUUGAGAGAUACCUAAUGUGCACAAAGUUUGCCAAUCCAAAAGGCGACCUUUGGAACAAAUUUAGAAGUUCUUGGUGGUGGAGCCUCUAGCUCCUAAUUUCCAUGUUAAAGUGGUCUUCAUUUUCACUUAAUUGCUCAAGUUUUAUCUCGAGUCUUGACUUCUUAAUGAUAUCCCGUUCCACUUCUGGCUUACCCACUUCCCCCCCCCCCCUCCCCCUCAUCUUGGUGGAUCUAAUUUUGUUUUGUAGUAAGACAAUCAGGCAACUUAAUUAUAGUAGGGUUUGAUUGGAAGCCUUUUGAUCUAGCAAUUUGCUUUAGUUAAAUACGUCCAUCAUUUUAACAAGGUACCACGACUGGUCUUGUGGAUCAGUGCAUUCACCCUUUAACCGCUAAGAGUGAUUAGCCUUUAGUUUCUCCCAACGGUAUCACAAGUAUAAAGGAAAUGACUGCUAUGUCAAGAAGCUCUUGAUUAUUUAGUGAAUUCUUCUUGCUAAUACCUUAGCACACAUAAAAAGAACAAUAUGGAGAAUUUGCAAUCUGAUGCUAGUGUUAAAUAAUCAUAAACCAUCAGUAUGUAUAAUCUCCAUAUGGAACUCUGCAUAUUUUCUAUUGUUCAGUGAAGGGAUUCACUAGUUUAAUUUAAUUUAAUAACUUCUAGAGCGCUAUUUUCAUUCAAUGAUCAACAGCGCGUAACAACUUAGAA